AUGAAAAUUGAAAAAAUUCAGAAGGGUGAAACAACAAAGAAGGAUGAGGAAGAGAACUACCUGGAUUUAUUUUCCCACAAGAAUAUGAAACUGAAAGAACGAGUUCUGAUACCUGUCAAACAGUACCCCAAGUUCAACUUUGUUGGAAAGAUUUUGGGACCUCAAGGCAACACCAUCAAGAGACUUCAGGAAGAAACUGGUGCUAAGAUAUCUGUGCUUGGGAAGGGUUCAAUGCGAGAUAAAGCAAAGGAGGAAGAACUGCGUAAAGGGGGAGAUCCUAAAUAUGCCCAUCUAAAUAUGGAUUUGCAUGUCUUCAUUGAAGUUUUUGGACCCCCUUGUGAAGCAUAUGCUCUGAUGGCUCAUGCCAUGGAAGAAGUCAAGAAGUUCCUUGUUCCAGAUAUGAUGGAUGAUAUCUGUCAGGAGCAAUUCUUGGAGCUCUCCUAUCUGAACGGUGUACCAGAGCCAAGUCGUGGCCGAGGAGUCCCUGUGCGGGGAAGGGGAGCAGCUCCACCACCACCUCCACCUGUUCCAAGGGGGCGUGGUGUUGGUCCUCCCCCUCCUCCUCCUCGGGGGGCCCUUGUGCGAGGAGCCCCGGUGCGGGGUGCCAUUGCCAGGGGAGCUGCCGUAGCCCGCGGAGUACCUCCUCCCCCAGCAGUACGGGGUGCUCCUGCACCCAGAGCACGUGCAGCCGGCAUUCAGAGAAUACCGCUUCCUCCUCCUCCCGCACCAGAAACCUAUGAGGAAUAUGGCUAUGAUGAUGCAUAUGCAGACCAGAGCUAUGAGGGGUAUGAAGGCUACUACAGCCAGGGCCAAGGGGACACAGAAUACUAUGAUUAUGGACACGGGGAGGCACAGGAAACCUAUGAAGCUUAUGGGCAAGAUGACUGGAAUGGAACCAGGCCCUCCCUGAAGGCCCCGCCGGCCAGGCCAGUGAAGGGGGCCUACAGAGAGCACCCAUACGGACGUUAUUAAAAAACAAACAUGAGGGAAAAAUAUCAGUUAUGAGCAAACAGUUGUUACUGAUUCUUGUAUCUCCCGGGAUUCCCGUUGCUUUACCCACACCAGACAAGUAAUUGUCUAACUGUUUUUCUUCGUGGCCCUUUUUCUCCCACUCCAUCCUCACCCUGCAUUCUGGCUUCUGUACGUAGUAUUUUAAAAAUGAGUUAAAUAGAUUUAGAGGACCGACUUUAAUUUUUUUUUUUUAAGUGUGUAGAUGGCUUUUCUUUCUUUGUUGUUUAGAUAAACACAACUGUACCUUUUUUAAUAAAAAAAAGUUGAGUUAAAAAUGUUAGUUUCAAAAGUGACAUGCUUUGCUUAGCAGUUAUGAAAUUAAGGUUUUGUUAACCUUUUAAGUUUGUUUUUAAGGAACCCAUAAAAGUUGUAGUUGCAGAAUCCCAAAGUAGGCUACAUUUCAAAAUUCAGGGCUGUUUUUAAGAAUUAAAAUCAUAAUGUAACGGUAGUAGCUGCCACCGUUUAAAAGUAACCUCAGAUGUCAAACUUUCCUUAAAAGCAGAUUGCUGGUGAAU